AUGGGCUCAGAUGACAACUCGCCACAACCCGUGUCGGACUUUGUUCCUGGAACGGUCCUCCUUGUUGACCUUGAUGGCACCUUGGAUACUCGCCAUGCUCAAGGUCAUCGGGACAUCGUUCUUGUGCCAACACCGUCUGACGAUCCAGAUGAUCCCUUGAACUGGAGCAGGUGGAGAAAGACUCUGCUCAUGGCAACUCUAUGCGUAUACUGCCUUGCUAUCGGUAUUGCUUCAGCAGCAAUCUACUCCGUCCUUGUUCCAAUCUCAGCUGCCACUGGCAUUACUGUCAGUGAUCUGAACUCUGGCACUGGAUACAUGUUCUUGACCUUUGGGUGGGGAUGUCUGAUCUGGCAGCCUCUGGCACAGAAGUUCGGUAAACGCCCUGUGUAUCUUCUGUCCUUACUGGGAACAACUGGAAUCAUGAUCUGGGCCCCGCAUGCAACGACCAAUGGCCAGUGGAUCGCCAACAAGGUCCUCCAAGGAACCUUUGGUGCUCCGGUUGAGUCACUCUGCGAAAUCUCCGUAUCAGAUGCUUAUUUUGCCCACGAGCGAGGCACCUACAUUGCUUACUACGCUUUGUUCCUCGGAGGCUCAAACUUUGUCGCGCCAGUCAUUUCUGGCUUCAUCAAUGACGGGCAAGGCUGGGAAUGGCAUUGGUGUGCCAUCUUCAACGCAAUCGCUUUCGUCAUCUGCCUGUUCUUCAUGGAAGAGACAAAGUAUAACCGCAAGGCCACUCCACUCCAUCUCAACGACACUGUCGAUAUCAGCAAACCAGUCGAGUCUGCCAGCGAUGCCAAGAAAGAACUAGAGUCACAGACUACAUCAAAUAUCGAUGUAGUCAACGGCACCGUUCUCCCCUCCUCUAAGACAUUCCUCGACAAGAUGAAGAUCUUCCGAAGCGAGCAUGUUCAAGGUAGCGUUCCUUUAAAGGGUAUGCUAAUUAGACCCUUCAAGUACUUCUCCUUGCCCAUUGUCGUGUUUUGUGGCUUCAUGUACGGUGCUGUUGUUUGCUACUUCAAUGUCCUCAACGGUACAGCGUCGAUCAUUCUCUCAGCCCCUCCUUAUUCAUUCAAAGCAAGCUCUGUUGGUCUUUGCUAUAUCGCUACCGUCAUUGGAGUCUUUAUCGGAUCAUUUUUCUCUGGCCCAAUGGGAGAUAAGCUCGUCCUGUACCUGACGCGCCGUAACAACGGCAUACGCGAGCCGGAAUACCGCCUCUGGCUUUAUGCUGUUCUGGGCCUACUCGUACCAGGUGGAUUACUACUCUGGGGCGUCGGAGCUGCUCAUCAGAUUCACUGGUCAGGGCUCUUGAUCGCCAUGGGAAUAUUGGGUGCCGCAAUUACUGCAGGAUGUCAGCUUCCUCUUAGCUACUGCAUCGACUGCUACACCGAACUUGGCUCUGACGCCAUUGUAACCAUCAUUCUGAUUCGCAGCACCAUGAGUUUUGCUAUUGGCUAUGGUGUCACUCCUUGGGUUACAGGAAUGGGCUAUCAGAACGCUUUUCUUGUCGCUGCCUUUGUUGCAAUGGCGCAGUUUUCUCUGGCUUUUGUGUUCAUAAAGUAUGGUAAGCAACUUCGACGAAGCAGUACUGCGAGCUAUUUCAAGUACCUCGAGCAGGUCAAGAACGACGGUCUCAUUCAUUAG